UUCGCCGCUGCCAAGCCCUGACAAUACCCGAAGAUAAGGAGGACGCACUGAAGAGGGGCCAGUUCUUCCUCCACAGCCGAUUGGGUGGGCUUAUGUAGGGGGGAAAAGAGGGUCAUCUGGAGGUGGGUUAAAGGUCGUCUGGAGGUGUAUCUCCCAGUGGUAGGAUGGCGGGGGUGAAUGGAGACCGUAAAGGGAAGAAAGAUGACAAUGGGAUUGGCACAGCCAUUGACUUCAUGCUUUCCAAUGCCAAGCUUGUGCUGGGAGUGGGAGGAGCAGCCAUGCUCGGCAUUGCAACACUUGCUGUCAAAAGAAUGUAUGACCGUGCCAUAAGUGCUCCCACCAGCCCCACCAAUAUGGAGCCGACGGGAAAGAGGAGCUGGGAGGAGCCCGCCUGGAUGGGCUCGUCACCACGGGUACUGAACCAUGACAUGAAGUCCACAGUUAGCAGGUCUCUACAGUCUCUGCCCACUUCCUCGCAUGCUUUUGAACCAGACUGUCUUCGGCGGGCUGUUGGUCGAGCCGCUGUGGGAGGCAGCGGUGCCUCUCAGUCGGACCUGCAGCGGGCCCGGAUGCGUCUGUCCCUGCAGGAACAUCUGUGGGUGUUCUACCAAAAUAACGUGAACAUCCCUGCCGGGGAGCAGGCCGUGGCGAGGAGGGCAGCGCUGGACAUCUGUGCCGAACUCCGGGUGUUCCUUCACGCCAAACUGCCUGACAUGCCACUCAGAGAAAUGUACCUGAGUGGCAGUCUGUAUGAUGACCUGCAGGUGGUGACAGCGGACCACGCCCAGCUCAUGGUACCUCUUAUCUUAGAGAAGAACCUGUGGUCGUCCAUCCCCGGGGAGGACACCAUCAUGAACGUCCCAGGUUUCUGGCUCGUCCGCAGGGAGAAUUUGGAGUACUUUCCACGGAACAGCAGCUACUGGGACCGCUGCAUGGUCGGAGGCUACCUCUCCCCUAAAUCGGUCCUCGAGGUCUUUGACAAGCUUGUGGCGGGCUCCAUCAACUGGCCAGCUAUAGGGAGCGUCCUAGACUACAUCAUUCGUCCCGUGGUUCCCUCGGAAACGCUGACCCUGGAGGUGCAGUACGAGACAGACCGCAAACUGUACGUGGACUUCCUGCCAUUACUCGUGAUGGAGGACGGGACCUCGCUGAUAGCCAAACCGCAUCGACUUGCCGCAGACCGCCACGAAAACCUGUGGCGGCAGAGCUUCCGUGUGGCCGAGACGGCGCGACUCAGGGCCCUGGACCAGGAGGACGGAGGCUACCGAUGCGCCUGCCUGAAGCUGGCGAAGGCCGUGUGCAAGCUCAACCCCGCCCUCAACCGGCUCAACGCCAGCCAGCUCACCAACGCCAUCUUGUUGCUGUGCGAAAAAGAAGGCGACUGGACCCAGGAGGCGUUGGCGGACCGGUUCCUACAGCUGCUACGAGCGCUAGUGGGACACCUCGAAGCCGGGAGGCUGCCGUGCGCCCUCAGCCCUAAAGCUAACUUAUUCUGUGAGCUGACUGAACUGGAAGUGGACGAGCUGGGGUACACGCUCUACUGCGCACUCUCAGAUCCAGAGGGGCUGCUGAGAACUGCGGUGGCACAGCCAAACUCAUCCCUGACAAGCUCGUAAAAGAACGUCAACUGCACGGCAACGUGGCAUUGAAAUGUCAACCACUGUUUUGUGGCCGAUGGUGACCUCGAGCCAUAAAGAGGUUCCUGGGGAACAACAAAACAACUGCAUGGAAUCAUCGUCUCCUCCUGAAACACUCGGUCACUUCAGUCUUAAAUGCCAUCGGUGAGAAAAUGUGAUUCACACAGUAGCAGUAACUCAGUGUCGACAUGAAAGCUGUAUGUGGUGUGAUCAUGCAAAUGCUAUUUUAAUCUCCGAUGAAAAGUGAAGCCCCAUUGGAGGUCAUGGCUCUCACUAAACUCUCGCCAUUGUAUUAAUGAAGUUAAGAGUAGACAUGCUGUUAAUACGUUGGGAUGGAGGUUUUGCACUCUGCAUUGGUUGAUCAAAAUGGAAGGGGAAUACAGUACGUACGUCUGCAUCAUAUUUUUUAACUUGUCGGAGAGUUUUAGGAGGACAAACAUGUCCAGUGCAGUUAAAUGAUGUUUCUUUGUUUUGAGAUGGGUCCAAACCUCUGUGUCAAGGGAUAGAGUGUCAUGUUGACUGUGUUGUAUGCCAACCUUAACCCUAAUAAAUUGUUGAUCAGCCUAAAGAGACAAGCAAA